AUGUCGGGUAUCGCUCAAUUACCAUCAGAUGUUGCCUCAUCAUCACAAGCAGAAUCCAGAAAAGCGGAGGACUCUUUUAUGCAUGUUUCUAAAGAACAUAUAUAUGCGGAUGCAAAGACGAUAACCGCCGAUCUUCAAAAUCCAGAUAAAUCAAACUCUGACAUAACGUUUCAUACAUUUUUACCCCUUAAUAAACCGAAAAGACCCACAACCAUUAUUAAACGAAUCCCUCCACUUAGUAUGCAAUUAUUCAAUGAAGAUAUAGAAGGCCAAGAUAGAUUAUACAAAUACUUUUUCCCAGAUGAAGCGGUUGAAGACCUUUCAAGUGAUCAAUGGGAAAAAAUUAUGACUUAUGAUGAAGUUAACGCCUUUGUUAAUUCAAUUAACCUCCACUAUUCAUGGAAUCAGGAUUCACGGAGUAAGCUAAUAUAUUUAUUUUGUAGUAGAGGGAAGUCCAAACACAAAGCUCAGAAAGCUUGCAAAAUAAAUUGUCCUGCAAGAGUUAACAUCAUGCGUUUGGACGAUGGGACAUUGAGGGUAGUACAUAACUCGAAACACAGUCAUUCCUUUUAUGAUCAGGAAUUUCCUUCACCAAUAAGAAAAAACUAUCAUGCAGAAAGUCGGAAAGGUCUUGAUGAUAUGCUUGUUACAUUGAAGAAACAAAAGAUAUUGGCGGAAGAGACCAGCGCCCGUAUUGUUGCUAAGAUUACGAAGCACCAACGAGAAUUGGAUGAUCUUCGUAAAUAG